GUCAGGACAGCGCUCGUCUUGUACUCGGCGGUUAAGUCUGUUCCACCAAUAGCGUCGUUUCAUCACCAGCGCCGUAAGCUCACUUUGCGCGACCGAGUUACGAAGUUUGCAGAACUUCAGAAGCACGCCAAACAGAAGAAGAUCUAUUUCUCGUGCUGACCAACAAGAUGUCCAAGUCGCGCCGCUCUCUCUCAAGUGCAGUGGGCAAGCGUUCAUCCCUGAUGUUCACCUCCAGCUCCAGCGCAACCGCCAGCGAGCUUUCCGUCGUUCCGGAGUCAUCCGUCGUGUCUACAUCUGCUCAUUCUAUAUUACCGGUCUCGUCUGCUCCAAUGCCUCAGGCAUACGCAUAUUCACACCAACGAAGCCCUUCUCCCCCAGCUUCGAGUUAUUUCCCAACUGUGUCCGCUAUACAGAGCGGUGAACCACAGCCUACACCAGGCGCCUCUACACAUUUUGCAUAUAGCACAACCCUUAGAAGACAUCAUGCCGAAGGCCCUGUUCUUCAAUUACCUUCGAAUUUCAGUGGGGUGACUUCUAGCGACGGACUACCAUCACUCUGGCAGAAGGCAAAGGGUGUCCUUGCACGCCGACUCUCGGACAGCACUGCGGAAACCCGUUAUGAACUGGUGUCAGCGGGAGAGUGGUCCAGCCAGUCGAGACUUCGAGAGGAUCGAGAUAGAAGGGACACUCCUUCUGCACGUUUUGCUCAUUGGACAGUUGAGGACACUCUCGCACACUUCAAGACAUCAGCAGUCUCUGGUCUUCCUAGUUCAUCAAUUCUGACGCUGCAGGAUACCCAUGGAUACAAUGAAUUCUCCGUAUCUAUGCCUGAGCCAGCUCUGCUCAAGUUUGCUAAGACCAUCUACGAGAGCCCACUCAUCCUGCUUCUAUGUGGCAGCGCUGUGAUUAGUGCGGUCAUGGGAAAUACUGAUGAUGCAAUCAGUAUCACGGUGGCAGUGCUCAUAGUAUUGACUGUUGGCUUUGUGCAAGAACAACGCUCGGAGAAAAGCCUGGAAGCGCUCAACAAGCUUGUGCCACACCACUGCCACGUAAUCCGUGAUCAGCGUGAUAUUCACAUUCUGGCCAAUGAGCUGGUUCCUGGAGAUAUUGUUGCGCUCUCAUCGGGAGACCGUGUUCCCGCGGAUAUGCGUAUCAUCAAGGCAGUUGACCUCGAAAUCGACGAGAGUAGUCUGACUGGUGAGACCAACGCACGUCGAAAGGAUUCCUAUCCUUGCGUCUCUCAAGUUUCUAUGCCCGCAACUGUUUCGAGUAGCCCAGAUAUCGCGCUAGCUGAACGGUCAUGCAUUGGAUACAUGGGAACUUUGGUUCGGAACGGUCACGGCAUGGGUGUCGUGAUCGCGACUGGCACUCAAACAGAAUUUGGUGUGAUCUUUUCCAUGAUGCAGGAUGUCGAGGAAAAACGUACGCCUCUUCAAUUGAGCAUGGACGAGCUGGCCAAGAAGUUGUCGGUCAUGUCUUUCGGCAUUAUUGGGGUCAUUUGCCUUAUUGGCAUGUGGCAGCAGCGGCCCUGGUUAGACAUGUUCACCAUCGGAGUAUCUCUUGCGGUAGCAGCCAUCCCAGAGGGCCUCCCUAUCGUCACGACUGUCACAUUAGCUCUUGGUGUAUUAAGAAUGUCGAAGAGAAAGGCCAUCGUAAAAAAACUUCAUUCCGUCGAAGCCUUGGGCUGCAUUUCUGUCAUCUGCUCUGACAAGACUGGCACCUUGACAAAGAAUGAACAGACAGUUACAGAGGUGUAUGUCGUUGAUGAGAACAUUCACGUGGAUGAACCUCGGUCAACAAUAUCCUCGGCAGUUAGGAAGCUUCUGGAAAUCGGCUCUUUAUGCAACAAUUCCUCGAUGUCCAAGGAUGGCGAAGGCAAAUACGUCGGACAGUCGACCGACGUAGCAUUGAUAAAUAUUUUGUCUUCAUUCAAUAUACCAGAUCAACGGCAGUAUUUCACCCGCCUUUCGGAAAAAUCUUUCAACUCGGAACAAAAGUACAUGGCCGUCAGCGGUAUUCACUCCUACUCCACAGCUGUCCAUUCAGGUCCUCACAGCGAAAUGUACUACAUCAAGGGAUCCAUUGACGCCAUUUUGGAUCGUUGCAAGUACUACUUUGUUACGGACAGCUCAACACCUGUCUUAGACGCUAGCACGCGCAGCCUCAUACUGAACAACGCUCAAGCAACAGCAUCACGGGGCCUCCGAGUAAUUGCUAUGGCUUAUGGAUACGGAUCUGUUGAUUCUCCACGUCAAGAUUCUGCACAACCGCAACACCGUGCCACCCAAUCGGUGUCAGCGUCGCGUACCCCGGUGCCUGACGAGGACAAGACCAAUCUAGUAUUUGUUGGGUUCCAGGCCAUGUUUGAUCCCCCACGCAAGGGAGUCGCGGAUGCUAUCGGCUUGCUCCAGAACGGCGGGGUACAAGUUGUUAUGAUCACUGGGGACGCCGAACAGACAGCCUUGGCUAUCGCCCAAAAAUUGGGGCUCCGUGUUGGCCCUACACAUGCUCAUGAUGCCCAGCUCCGCAAAUAUUGUCUGACUGGAAAGGAUCUCGACCAGAUGAGCCGUUCACAACUCAUCGAGCGGGUAGGCAGCGUGAGCGUGUUCGCGCGGACAACACCGCGACACAAAAUGGCAAUUGUUGAAGCCUUUCAAGCUCGUGGAGCUGUGGUAGCCAUGACUGGGGAUGGGGUCAAUGACGCGCCAGCGCUUAAAAUGGCAGACAUCGGUGUGUCGAUGGGGAAAAGUGGCACCGAUGUUGCGAAAGAAGCCGCCGAUGCUAUCCUUGUGGAUGACGAUUUCAGCACAAUAUUACCUGCUGUUGAGGAGGGCAAAGCGAUCUUUCACAACAUCCAAAACUUCUUGUCUUUCCAGCUCAGCACAGCUGCCGCUGCAUUGACGCUCAUUACACUUAGUACGCUGUUUGGGUUCAGCAACCCCCUCAACGCCAUGCAGAUACUUUUUAUUAAUAUUUUGAUGGACGGACCUCCAAGUCAAUCGUUAGGUGUCGACCCAGUAGAUCCAGCAGUUAUGCGAAGACCUCCACGGAAGAAAAACGAGUCAAUAAUAACGAAACGCCUGUUAUACCGCGUCCUUUUCUCAGCGGCUACCAUUGUCUGCGGAACCUCUUUCAUUUAUACCACUGCGUUGGGCGAUGAUCUUGUAUCGAGGCGGGAACAAACUAUGACUUUCACGUGCUUCGUCUUCCUUGAUCUUGUGUCUGCAGUGCAGAACCGCGGUCUUGGAUGCGGCUUGAUACAAAACAAGAUGCUUGUGACAACCGUAUCGGUGUCAUUCCUCGUCCAGCUGGCACUCAUUUAUGUUCCAUUUAUGCAAGCGAUCUUCCAGACAGAUGCUCUUGGUUGGGAGGACAUAUUGACCAUCUUUCUCAUAGCUGUAACGUCUUUCAUGUUACAUGAGGGACGGAGAUAUUUCGAGAGAGCGGUCCAGUCAAAAGAAACGUAUGCUAAUCUCGCGGAAGAGAUGGCGUGAUAUUUCUUUGAUGGAGAGGCUUAGUAUCUAGGCACGGAUAUAUAACUGAAUAGAGAGAUGGAUAACUAUAUUGUCUACAUUGUACUACACAUUAUAACCUUUUACAUACUCGAGAUCAAACUACCCACACAUAACUAUAGCACAAUUGGAAGCAUCUAAACUAAGUCAUCACUUUAUAGGGAGUGAAGGCUGGGGGAAUAAUCAUCCAGGAUGGCGCGCCAAGAGGGACUGCUCGAGGAGCAACACCAGUAGCAAGACGAGAUUGCGAGUAGCAUUCUGUACGGAGUUCCU